AGGAAAAAGAGAAUCCACAAAAGCCCCUCUUGCGUCACAUCAACUACUCAUAUCCAUCUACAAUCGAACUAACUGUAUUUCUCGCAUAAAUGCCGAAUGACACCGAUAAAGAAGUGGACCAGGUGUCCAGCGGUGGUGUGUCUGGACUUCUGGGCAUUGACCAGAUAGACUGGGGAGGUGAGGCAGGCAAGUUCUACGAGUGCUGGAAGAUCAACCCCUGCUGCGGUUCUCCGGAUGCGAAGAAAAUGCUGUGCUGUCUCUUCUGCUGGUGCUGCUGCAGCUGCUGCUCCAUGUCGAAGCUGUUCGCGUCCAGCGUGGACCAGGAGUGCGCGCUGGUGCCGCAUUGCUUGAUGGCGUGCUUCCUGCCGUGCAUCACGGCGAUCUGUGUCCGCACGAACCUCCGCAACCGCCUGGGCGUACAGGGUAACAUGGUUGGUGACUGCAUCUGCGUGUGGUGCUGCGGCUGCUGUUCACAAUGCCAGGAGCUUCGCUCCGUGACGACCGAGGAGUGGAACCUGCUGGAGCCCGCCUGGAAGACGCCCGAGGUAUCCGCUCCAGAGAUCAUCUUCCUCAAGUAG